AUGCGUCAACGACCAGACGUCAUUGUGAUUGGUGAGAUUCGUGACCGCGAAACCGCUGAGCAGGCGCUCAUCGCGGGUGAAUCAGGGCACCUUGUGAUUGGGACGCUUCAUGCCAGCUCGGGUGUUGGAACGAUUAACAAGAUGCUUUCGUUUUUCAAAGACAACGAGCGAGAGGGCCGACUUCAGUCCCUUGCCACCUGCCUCCUGGCUGUGAUCAAUCAGACCCUGAUCCCGAAGAAAGGUGGCGACGGGUACGCCCUCGCCGUGGAUUUCAUGGCAAAUCACAAGCGGGAGUACUCCAAGCUUCUCGGCUCUCCAGACCAAUUGCAGCUCAAGUUGGAUCGUGGAGAUGACGUCUCUGUGAGCUUGGGGGCAUCGGCGUUGCGACUCAUACAAGAAGGAGUCGUGACAAAGGCGGACGCUGUAAAGGCAGUCAUGGCCAACGCUGCCGCAUAUGAAGCGGUUCGCGCUUGA